CCACGGAAACACACUUAUGUCAUAAUCUCAGACCACAUUAAAACGGUCAGACAAGCUCAGGUAGAGCGCAUUAGCUACAUUGGAACGAUCUCCCAACCUAUAACUGAUUUGAUUGAUUUCAACAGUACACUACCUUGUCGUGACAUGGGUCAGAGACUAAGUGACCCUGUCCCUGAGGUAUCCCAUAGGGAGAAACCAAAGGAGACACAGGAACAUAAAGAUAAACCCAAGGAGAAGAGGAUCCCUCAAGCCCUGACCUUUCUUCAGCUGUUUACACUGCUGAGCUGUGUCAAGGUGAAGAAAACACCCUUUGAUCCCUCCCAGAGUGGUGAUGGGAGAAAGGGAACAACGAUAAACGAUACAAACAACAAUAAUGACUCUGAUACUGGCUUGGACUACUCUGCAGGUGACGUGAAAAGGAUCAAGGACAAGAGUAAAGGAAAGGUUGGGGGAGAGAAACAUAGCAUUGAAUCUCAGGACCACAAAUGCAGAACGACACAGGAAAAAGAAAAAGACAUUAAACAAAGACCUAACUCGGUCUCCCCUGAGGAGCAAGCAAAGAAGACCCAGCAGAAAGAGAAGAAGAAGAGCAUCUAUCCAGCUGUGGCGGCCCUGCAGCUGUUCACUCUCUUCUGCUGUGGUGGGAAAGUCAAGCCGAGGAAGUCUCGUCCCUCUCAGAACAGACAGAGUAGAAAGGACCAGGACAAAGCUAAUGCAUCUGAUACUGGUGAGUGUUAUGGGGUGUCUGCUGAUUAG